AUAUGAUCCGAGCGGUACAGAGGAGGAUCGCGAGAGAGCUGACCCUGGUGAUUUCGGAGCGGGCACGCCAAGACACAGGCCUCCCCACAGUUGUGGAAGCAAGGCCCCAUGAAGCACAGUCUGUCCCCAGAGAGACCUCAGUUAGUGGAGGGCUUCACCCAGCAGCUAAUGGAGUGUGCUGAGCAGACGGAGGAGGGACAGCUGACCUUCCCCGCGGCCCACCUCCAGCGGUGUCUGUCCACUCUGGGCCGCUCUGUGAUGGAGCGAGAACGCAGCAGCUUCCUCCUCUACUCCCAGUUCUAUGAACAGAUCUUACAGCAGGAGAGCCAGCUGCUCUACCGCAGAGAACAGGAUGUGAAGAACCUUGAGGCGUCCCAGUCCCAGACCGUCAACCCUUACAGCGAGGUCAGUGGGCUCUGUCGUGGGAUGAUGUUGCAGACCACAGCCCUGCGUACCCGGGUCACCCAACUGGAGGAGGAACAGAGAGGUCUGGAGCAGCAGAUUAGCCUAAAAUACAGACAGCGCUGUGACUCCCUGGUCCGACAACUUUUCUCCACCUGCAUUCAACUGAAGGCCAGGCUUGAUGAGUACCAUGUGCGAAUGGACCAGGAUGUUACUCAGCUGGUGAGCAAAGUGAGGAGAGAGGGAGUGGAUAACAUCAUCAAGCUGAGGAAGUUUGGCUCCACUAAAGGCAAUGAAGCUCUUCUUACGACGCAGUCGGAGAAGCAGGAGCUCCAUGACCUGAGCAUGGAGAACAGUCUGCUGACUGGCCUGCUGUCUAAGGUGAAGGCACUGGGCCACUGGAGACAGGUGGUUGGACAGGGCAAGCUGCACCGUAGAUUGCUCCACAGCCAGCAGAGGGAGAUGUCCUGUCAGAGGGAAGCACUGCGAAUGAAGAUGAUGUCAGAGGGUGAAGUGAUCGUACUGAAGCAGGAACUGGAAGUCACACAGAGGGCCAUGACACAGUGUCAGACGGAGUACAACCGCACCAAGAGACUGCUCACCAAACAGAGCGCAGAGCUCCAUGAGGUGAGGCAUCACUCUGCUCAGGAGGUCCAGAGCAGACAGGAGCUGGUCAGCUACCACCUGCAGAGCCUGGAGCAGCUGAGAGAGGGUGUGGGGGACAGAGACAGACAGCUCCAAGACCUCAGGACUCAGCUGGACAGGAGCAGCAGAGACAGACGGCUGCUGAGACAACGCAGUGCCAAAGACAUCAGACAGGUGAAGGGCCAGCUUCAUCAGGAACGCAGCCUCAAACAGGAAGCUUUCCAGCGGGUGGACAAGCUGCAGAGCCAGGUAGAGGACGUUGAGACUGCUCUCUCCAGGUGUACCUACACAGCAGGGCGACGCAAGACAUCUCGUUACACUUUCCCUCACAACAGAUCCAGCAUCAGAAACCCAGAACACGCUGGCCCACAGCAGGACGAUAGCAAGAGGGAUUCUACCACCCAGCUGGAGAGACCCAAAACAGAACCGCCUCGCCUGCGUAUCCUCACCACGGAGGCCCUGCUACCAAACCUCACUGAUGGAGGCCCAACCUCCUCUCGUCUCCUCACACACCUUCAGCAAAAAUGAUGCUGUUCUUGUAGAAAAAUGUCAACCAUGUUGUAACAAGUAAUGAAAACAAACGUUUAUUGGUGAUGAAAAUGAUCUAGAUGAUACACAGUAUGUGAAGGACCUUUAUACACCUGGGCGGCUAAAACAAGAAACAAAAACAUUGUAAAACAGUGGUAAGACACCUUGUUUAAAGCUAUAACUUGGUGUGAUCUCAUUGUUGCAGAUGCUACCAUACAAAUAUAGUAAGACAAACCAAAUAUGAAGAGUUGAGACAGAACUACAUAGGCCCAGUGUACCCAGGCUCAAUACACACACAACUUUUAAAAGGGUUAUUGUAGAGGAAAUAUAACCUUACAUUUUAUGGAUAAAUCAGGUUAAGAAUGACUGUUAAUCUCUUCACUCACAUGCAGGGGAAAAAAAAUCUGACUUGAGCAAAAACAUGGUUUGCCUGGCCUCAGAUCUGUUUAUGGCGUUUUGCCUACAGUCAUUGGAAUUGAACCAUCUGACUUGGCUAAAAAGCACAAACUUAUCUGGGACCAGGCUAUAAUGUGGGGAUGAUCAAUAGGUUAAACCAUAGCAUCCUCUGAACAGUCUAAUAUUUGUGGCAUGUUCAUCAGAUUAGAAACUACACCAGAUAAUAGAAGGACAUUAAAGGGUUGCAUGGAAGAAUACAAAAAGAGUUGAGUUCUGACAGUACAAAUAAAAUAUCACAAAACACACACAGGAUUGAUGCAUAUUUUGGAACACACAAAAAAAAAGUUUCAAACUAUCCAUCUGGGGUGCUAAUCAUGUUUUCAAUCAUGCAAAGUCUGCACAGGUCUCCCCCCCCCAAUGGAAUACAACUGUAGAAUAAACUGUACAGGGAUUCAGAGAAGAAGAACUUAGUCAAAUAAAGUGAUUUGUCUUUUACUCCUUUUUUUAAAAACAGGAUGCAAACUAUGCCCUUAAGAUCCAAGUCUGGCCCUCAAUUUUCUACAACAGAAUCUUAGACCCAUGAACGAAGGCCGGACUCCAAUCCGAUUACGCUUUGUCGACAAUGUACCACUUAAUUGAAACAAUAUAUGCAGCCUUUACCAAGAAUGCGAGCUCCGAGCAUAGCCUUUAAAAGCUGCAUUGUCUACAACUCACGAUCAGAUUGAAUCCCAGCCUUCAUUUCUACAGCACAAUCUGUCCGAAUAAUUAAAUCUUGUUCUACACACUUCCAAAUCCAAACAGACUUUCAACUAAUACUCAACUCAGAGAAAAAUCAAGUCAAACUAUAGGCAGGUUAUUGAUAAUUAGAUCUAUUGAGGACAUGGAAUUUAAUGGGUCAGUACCAACACUGCCAUAAAACACAAUAAUACUGACCGGUAUAUCAGUCCUGACUAACCCCACUCUAUAACCAUGACUUUAAAGUGACUGUUCCAUGUGAAGACUGGUAGACUGGUGUAUCUUUUACACAUGAGCCUGAUUCACACUCUAGAGCCGAACCAAAAACCAAGCAGAGCUCUACAGUACAGUUUGGGUGGAACCUGUCGUGUGAAGCAGGCAAUACAGUACACGUAAUGGCCAGCACUUAUUGAUACAGCGUCUUGUCUGCAUCCCAAAUGGCACCCUAUUCCCUUUAUAGUGCACUACUUUUGACCAGAGCCCUAAAAUGGGCCCUUGUCAAAAGUAGUGCACCAUAUAGGGGAAUAGGGUCUUAUUUUGGAGGUAGGCAUGUUUUACAAACCCUGAGACACAGCAGGCAACUUCUGAGCAGUGUCUACGUAGUGCCAAGAGGAAAAUAUAAAGAUGAACACUAAAAUUACUUAGACAGGACCAUGAUUGAUUAUUAGUUGCCAUGAUCAGUUUCAAUACUGAUCAACUCAUCCCCAGAAGCGACAGUAUGCCCACGUUUCCUGACCUGCAGGAUUCACUGAACUCAAACACAUCCAAUAACUAGUAUUCACACAAAUGGUUUUCACAGAAGUACCAUUUCUCAAAUUAGGAAAGUAGAUAAGACAACCAAUCACCCUUAAUUUAACCAGCCAACAUUGUUGCCCGGUCUGAUACUGGUUGUAGAGUUAAAUAGCUACAUAGUAAAAUGCUCCAUUCUGAUAAUGGCCUGUAGUGUGGACAUCAAGUUUGGUCUGAAUAUUAAAAUUCAGAUAAGGUAAUGACAUUAUCCGCUAACUCAAACCAUGAUGACCCUAAGUAUGUAAAACCGUGCACGACAGUAAGAUGGUGUAAAUCGCUCUAGCUGGGAGUUAGUGAAAAAUCUCUUUGAAAGUUCUUCGUCAGAACCCUCGUAUGACCAGAAAGCAAGUGUUUAUCAUAAGGCUCCACUUUCUUUCUUUGUCAACGUGGCACAGUACUGACUUUGCUUGUCAUUCAUAUAAAAAUAAAGUAACAUUUGUUUUAUUUACACAUUGA